ACCCUUUUUACUCGCAAUUUAAAAGUCGAGUCGUCACGUCUUCGUCUGGAAAGAGUCUAAGUUUCAACUUUCAACACGUUUUCUGGGCUUUUGACUUGGUUCCCUUGUGUUUUUGCUAUAUUCACAAUGGAAGACGCGUUCGGGGACGAUCUUUUCAGUGUUUUUGAUGAUGGAACAUCUUCCAAAGAGACAUUAAAUUCAAAGAAGAAAUCGUCAAAAGGGCCUGAGACAUCAGAUGGCUCUUCAAAUAAGAGAGCAGCCGAGAGUUCGGCACCCUCUGACCCAGCGGAAGCAAAGAGGCCCAAAGUCUCGCUCAUUACAGAAGAACUGAAUUUGUCUGAGAUCCUGCCGCAGGUGAAGACCCAUGAUGUAGAAUGCCUUGAAGGAUGUACCCAUGAAGUGGCCAUACCACUAGAAGAAGAAUUCAAACCACUGGAACCCACCACUAAAAAGGCUGCAAAGGAGUACCCAUUCAUUCUAGAUCCAUUUCAGAAGGAGGCUAUCAAAUGUCUUGAAAACAACCAAUCUGUGCUGGUUUCAGCUCAUACCUCGGCAGGAAAGACAGUUUGUGCAGAAUAUGCUAUAGCUAUGUCACUGAGAGAUAAACAGAGAGUGAUAUAUACCACUCCAAUCAAAGCUCUCAGCAAUCAGAAGUACAGAGAACUGUUUGAAGAGUUUCAAGAUGUUGGCCUUAUGACAGGGGAUGUGACUAUCAACCCAUCUGCCAGUUGCCUCAUCAUGACAACGGAAAUUCUACGUAGCAUGUUAUAUCGAGGGUCAGAGAUCAUGAGGGAAGUCGGCUGGGUCAUCUUUGACGAGAUUCAUUAUAUGAGAGACAAGAAUCGAGGUGUAGUUUGGGAAGAGACCAUUAUCCUCCUUCCCGACAAUGUCCACUAUGUGUUCCUCUCUGCUACCAUUCCUAAUGCUAAACAGUUUGCAGAAUGGAUCUGUCAUCUUCACAAACAGCCAUGCCAUGUGGUGUACACAGAGUACCGCCCUGUACCAUUGCAGCAUUACAUCUUCCCGGCUGGAGGGGAUGGACUUCAUCUGGUGGUCGAUGAAAAGGGUGAGUUCCGUCAGGAUAACUUCAACGCUGCCAUGCAGGUUCUGCGAGACGGAGGAGAUGCUGCCAAGGGCGACCAGCGAGGGCGUCGUGGAGGCACAAAAGGACCUUCAAACAUCUUCAAGAUUGUGAAGAUGGUGAUGGAGAGAAGCUUUCAGCCUGUCAUCGUCUUCAGCUUCAGCAAAAAGGAAUGCGAGGCGUACGGCCUUCAGGUCUCCAAGCUUGACUUCAACACACAGGAGGAGAAGACACUGGUAGUGGAGGUCUUUAACAACGCAAUGGACUGUCUUUCAGAAGAAGAUAAGAAACUUCCCCAGGUUGAGAACGUCUUACCCCUCCUGAAGAGAGGAGUCGGGAUACACCACUCCGGUCUGCUUCCUAUCCUCAAGGAGACCAUUGAGAUACUGUUCUCUGAAGGCCUCAUCAAGGCGCUCUUCGCUACGGAGACCUUCGCCAUGGGUCUCAACAUGCCCGCCAGGACGGUCAUCUUCACCAACGCACGCAAGUUUGAUGGCAAGGAUUUCAGAUGGAUUACAUCCGGUGAGUACAUACAGAUGAGUGGGCGUGCAGGAAGGCGUGGUUUGGAUGACAGGGGUAUCGUCAUCCUCAUGAUAGAUGAGAAGAUGAGUCCAGGUGUUGGCAAGGACAUUCUACAGGGUCAGCCGAAUCCACUGAACAGUGCCUUCCAUCUGACCUAUAACAUGGUGAUGAAUCUUCUGAGGGUCGAAGGCAUCAAUCCGGAAUACAUGCUGGAGAGAUCAUUCUUUCAGUUUCAGAGCUAUACAGCCAUUCCAGAACUCUUUGAGAAGCUUCGGAAGCUGGAGGAGGAGUAUAACGCCAUGGUGAUACCCCAGGAGGACAGCGUUGAGUCUUAUUACAAGAUCAGACAACAGCUGAAGAAGCUUGCCAAAGACAUCCAGGGGUUCAUCACAAAACCAAAAUACUGUCUCCCCUUCAUGCAACCAGGCAGGAUGGUGAAGGUGAAGAAUGGGGAUGAUGCCUUUGGCUGGGGUGUGGUGGUGAACUUCAGGAGGAAAGCAAAUCAGAAGAUGAACAAUCCCAGUGAUGAUUCGCCCCUCUACAUCUCAGAGGUCCUUCUCAACUGCUCUCAAGAGAGCAUCAAGAAUGCUGCCUCGGAAUCAGCUAAGCCUCCCAAGGAAGGGGAGAAGGGAGAGAUGACGGUUGUACCCAUAAUGCUUCACCUGAUCAGUGAGAUUAGCAGUGUCCGAAUCUACCUACCCAAAGAUUUGAGGCCACCAGACAAUAGACAGAGCGUAGGCAAAUCAAUACAGGAGGUCCAGAGAAGAUUUCCCGAUGGCCUCCCUCUUCUAGAUCCUGUGGAGGACAUGGGUAUUAAAGAUGAUGCACUCAAGAAAGUGGUAGAGAAAGUGGAAGCUUUUGAAGAGAGGAUGUACUCACAUAAACUGCAUUCUGACCCAGAGUUGGAGAAACUUUAUGGUCUCUAUGAGAAGAAAGCACAGCUUGCAGAUCAGAUAAGAGAAGCUAAGCGAGAGCUGAAGAAAGCAAGGACCGUGAUUCAGAUGGACGAACUGAAAUGCAGGAAGAGAGUCAUCAGAAGGAUGGGUUUUGCAACGCCGGCUGACGUCAUCGAGACGAAGGGGCGUGUUGCUUGUGAGAUUAGCAGUGCUGAUGAACUGGUUUUGACAGAGAUGAUUUUCAAUGGUCUGUUUAACCCACUGAGUGCCGAGGAGUGUGUUACACUCAUGAGCUGCUUUGUAUUUGAAGAGAAGAGCAAAGAGACCCCAAAACUCACCAGUCAGGUUGCUACAGCUCUAAGACAGCUUCAGGACACUGCUCGUAGGAUAGCCAAGGUCAGCAUGGAAGCCAAGCUGGACAUCGACGAGGAGGACUACGUCAUGUCCUUCAAGUCCACCCUGAUGGAGGUUGUCUAUGCCUGGGCGUCGGGGGCGUCCUUCUCUCAGAUCUGCAAGAUGACCGAUACCUUUGAGGGCAGUAUAAUCCGCUGUAUGAGACGUCUGGAGGAGCUCAUGAAGGAGAUGUGUCACGCUGCGAAGGCCAUCGGGAACACAGAACUGGAGAACAAGUUUUCCGAAGGAAUCGUCAAGAUCAAGCGUGACAUUGUCUUUGCUGCGAGUCUCUACUUAUAAAGCUGCUGAUGGUGCAAUCAAUACACAGUCCAUGCAGUACCUGGUGUGCAGUCCCAUGCAUAGGAUUACUUGUAGGGCGCAUCAUGAACGGGACUUCGAAAGACCUCCGCCCAAGCUUAUGACAGAUUGCAAGCAAGCUUCCAUGUAUGGUCCAUGUGAGGUUGCUUACAAGGACAUUCUUACAUGAACAAUGCUAUUUGAAUCCAGUUUGGUGAUAUGGACACUUUCAUCAGCAGAAAAAGAGACUCUUUUACUAUUUUGAUAUUUAUAAAGUGUUUUUACUUGGAUAUUAAAGCAUACUUUUUAAGUUUCCUCCUCUUCUCAUUCUAGGAUCAUGAUUUCACAUUGAACUUCACAUUUUCUUCAAAGAUCACGAUUCUCUUGUUGAGUGAAUGCUUUCUUAAGCUACAAAUGAUCAAGAAAUAGACACGCAAUCAUAUAUUUUUCAAUAUGUAAGAAUUGUUCCUUUCUACUAUAAGGUAGUGUUGCCUGCUUGGCAUUGAUCAAGAUCAAAGUCAAACAAUAAUUUGGGUCCAGGUACGGGUCUGGGAAGAUUCUAUGGAGAAUUUCAUGAAACAAAUAGUGUGUGGUUUUCAACUGACUAUUGUUAUAAGCUACUGAAAUCCUUGCAUCUGAUUGGCUCAGAGCAAAUUUGUCAAUGAAAAUCAUUGACAAGAUGUUCAGUGAAACACUCCCCUGGUAUCAAUUCGGUAAGAUCAUAUCCUAGCAGGAAAAAAGAAAGAGACCCAAAUCUUGGCCUCGUACAAUGAUUAUUUCUGUGAGGAUGUAUCUUGUUUUUACAAAACAUGGGAAAAGGAAUGGGCAUACAUUGUAUUUGACUUUGCUUUCAUUUCCCUCGGGUACAGAAAGCAUCUAUUCAAGUAUAAAUUCAUUUAUUUGCUUGGUGCGAUUUCUUCGUCAAUAUCACCGCAUUAAGGCAACUCGUCAGAGGUGUGUGUCGCGUCUUUUAGCAGGGAUCCCGCUGUGAGCAUGCUAUGUGUCUUUUCACUGCAGCUUUCCUGCAAUCCCCCAUUGUAUUGUCUAUGGUGAUUGUGAUGAUUUGUAAUGAAUAGCUGGGCGCCGUUGCAGACUUCCUGCGGAAAAGAUGUGGCUCUGACGAUUGAGAAAGGUGCCGAAGUAAACCCUGCUGUGGAUGGCAUCCUACCAUACACUGUAUGUUACGUAGGUCAGAAUUUGCCAACACAAUUGGCCAGUUUUCAUUAGAAGUUGCUAUCAAUAACAAGAGCUUGAAUUCUAUAACAUUUUGCUUUUGAUAAACUAGUUUUCCACAUUGCAGUAAUUUACAACACUAGCCGCAAGAACAAUUUAUAUCAAUAUGUGAAUCAAUUCCAACUUUCUUGACAAAUGGAGGCUCGUACUUUAAUUCUUACAAAGGAAACUUGAGAGAAUUUAGAGUUGGAGUAAGGAUAGGGAGGGGGAAAUUGAAUAACUAAAUUGUAUCAGUUCUCUCUUCUCUCACACACACUCUCAUUGUCCUUUAUACUCUAUACAUGUACAUGUAUUUCUAUGAUUCCCUCAUCCAGUUUUAACGUCCUUCACUUUUCGCAUUUACUACGGGGAAACUCUCUACAACGCAUCGAUUUCUUUGAAAAUGCAUUUAGAAUCACAAUGGAGAGCUGAGAGGCUUUUGACGAAAGUUGGUGGACUGGGACAGUAGAUCCGAAGAUUUGCGCCGGAAGAACAAUUGCAACUACUGUCGUUGCCCAGAGUCAGGAGAUUCCGAUGCUGUCCUGGUCCACCAACUUUCGACAAAAGCCUCUCAGCUCUCCAUUGUGAUUUGACUUGCAUUUUCAAAGGAAUUGGUGCGUUGUAAAGAGUUUCCCUGGUAGUAAAUGUGAAAAGUCUGGAUUAUUUUACUUUUGAGAAGUCGCUAUUAGGGUUACAGACACAACACCACUGAAUAUACAUGUACUUAUAACAAUCAUUCUGAUAAAUUAAUUUAUUAUGAGUUUCUUUAUCAAAGCGAGUUAACAAGUAGGCAAAAUACAGAUUCAAGAGUAUAUAAAUAGAGUCGGGUAUCAAAAGAGUGUGAAUACAAGCGUCAUGAUCCGUGGAAUAGCAAAAGCAGUGAUAUAUUUCAUACAAGGUAUUGUCUCCUGUCAUAAUAAAUAAAUACAAUCCACAAAGCAAGAAAUACACAGGUUUGUAUCGUCACAAUGGAAUUGAAUGAUAAUCAUCUAUUGUUGGCACACUAUAAUGUAUAAGUAAUGUAUCUCGUUUCAUGAAAGCUACAAAUAAAUUUUUUUAUUACUAUA